UCUGUAAAAUUCUGCAGUACAUACCUUCGCAAUUUCAGGAACUGUAAAAGGUUGCAAUUGCGGAAAAAAACAUCAAUGCAGUGCAUCUUUCGCCCUUGCCUGAAGCCGAUCCCCCUGCUCAGCGUUUCGAGUGGCGUCCUUCUCCUAUCGACUGUUGGGUUGUCCACAAGAACAACCUCCUCAAUGGCUACUUCUAAACCCGUAUGGCCAGUCAAACCGUACUCUCCACGCCAUCAAGCAUGGCCUUAUAAAGAGUCCGACUUUUCGCGGCAAGAUCCUUCGUCGGAUUCGUCUUUCUACCGUGCGCCUCGUUUCGUAACACAUAUUGACGACGCUGCAAUUUCCACCCUAAAAGAGUACUACGCAGACGUUCUUCCUACCUCAGGAAAAGCACUUGACUUUUGCAGCAGCUGGAUAAGCCAUUUCCCAGCAUCUGUGGAGCAGGCAAUAGCCCGCGAUGAGCUCAAAGCGAUCGGCAUGGGCAUGAAUCAGGCCGAGCUUGAAGCCAAUGACGUUCUCAAACACGGGCGUCUUCUCGUUGAUCUGAAUAUCGACCCCGACGUUUCGGCCGCUCUGGUUAAAGCGAAGGUGGUGGACUUGUCAGACCCGGAGACACUCAUAGACGCGUCUACUGUAGUUGUCAGCAUUGAUUAUCUCAUCCAGCCAGUGGAAGUGCUUUCUAGCGUUUUGAAAGUCACAAAGCCAGGCGGUAAAGUCCAUCUUACGAUCAGCAACCGCUGCUUUCCCACCAAAGCGAUCAAUCGAUGGUUGCGCAUCUCCGAGGAGGAACGACUGCAAAUGGUUGGCGAUUUCCUGCACUUUGCAGGUUGGAAGGACAUCGAGCUGGUGGAAUUAAGCAAUGGCAAAGACGCUGGACAACCGUCUUCCUUCGUGGCCCAGGACUUUCGUGGACUUAUGAGCAUGAUAGGCAUGAACUCUCGUGACCCACUUUGGGUAGUUCGCGCCACAAAAGCAUGAAAUACAGGUUCCUCCCCAAUCACAGAAUGAGCUUGCUUUUGCUUCCCCUGUUGCUGGAGUCGUCUUGUCAACUUUGCUUCCAUAAGAUGCCCGGUGAUUUCACGAUCGCUGUGGAGCAGAUGGAGUUUGCGCAAGAUCGGAUCAUCAAUUGAAGCAUCAUCGACUACUAUGUCGAUUGCAUAAAGCUUCACGGUUGGAGGACGAAAGCAUAACUAGCCUGUCCGUUUUGAUGCUCACUAAAGCGUUGUAGUCCUGCCAUAAUGUAUUGGAUGCCUUCGCGCG